AUGACAACAUCCGAUGAGGCGGCUCUUGGAUUUGCUUUACUCUCGAUUUCAUGCUUCUCUAUUGCUUUCGCUGAAAAUGUGGCGAAUAUUAGUGAUAGCUUGGCUGUGGAAACAACCGUCGAUACAAUAAAGGUCACUACAAGCCUGGCACCUGAGACGAAAAGUAAAACGGGAAAGCGUGAUUCUUCUGAUCAAAUUGGGCCAACAACUUUUACACUCAAGGAGGAUGAGCCCUUUAAACCAAUAACUGGUGCAACUAAUCAUCAACAAUUGCAAAUUCCGCCACAGCAAUUUCAGUCUCAGUCAUUAACGAGCACCUUUCAGCCUACUACAGUACGUCAUGUGGCCGAAGAGGCGGCUCCGCAGGCUUAUUAUGACAGACCUCCAAAUUCAGAUGCCAAUGCAGUCAGAGCGGCCGGAAAAAUUUCGAACUUUGUUGAGGGAGGCAUUCAUUACGCACCACCCCAGCAUGGCUAUCGAGGGCCAUUCAAAGGACCAUAUCAGUUGCAGCUGGAGCAGACACAUCCACAUCCAUCAGCAUCGUAUCAGUUUAAACAACGGUAUCCCCAGCAGCAAUAUUCUCAGCCUUCUAAGACACAAACCAGUCCCAAUUAUGCCGGGCCGUCGCAAGCGGCGGGCUUUGCUCCAUUGCAGGGGCCGUUGCAGCAGCUGUCGCCUCCCCACCAAGGGCAGUACCAGAGCCGGGCACAAGAGGAGCAGCAGAUUGAGCAGCACAGGCAGUAUAAGCAAAAUCAACAGCAACAACAUCCUGAGCAUCUUCAUAAAUAUAUACAACAACAACCAUCAUUUUUCACUCUGCAAAGACAACAACAGCCCCAACAGCAACAACAACUGCAGUAUCAACAACCUUCAAGACAGCAAAUUCAUUACAUAAUUGCUAUACCGUUAUCAUAUGUGCGACAGUUGCAACAUCAAUUAACAUCCCAACACGGAUCGCCGCCUACGCCUCAGAAGCAACACCAGGCUCCCGUGCCGAUGGCCUUGCAAUCACUGCGUGCACCUCUAGCGCCGCUCAUUGUAUUGCAACCCGUUGGCGGUGGAAGUUCAUUGAGCCGCGAACCCUACCGCCAGCAGCCGCCUGCUCAUUACGCGCCGCAAGCGCCUGCGCCAUCCAACACCGAAACGAGUUCACAUAUUCAGUCACCGCUAGCGUUGGCGCCACAACAGUUGCCUGUUCCGUUGAACUUGGUCUUGGCAGUGCGGCCACGGCAGGCAGUUUACCCUGCAUCACAGUUACUCUAUGUGCAACCGCAACUUUAUCGCCAAACACCACAACAGCAGCUGCAACUGCCAGGCAAGCAGCACCAGCAGCUGUCACAUUACGCUCAAGCACCGGAUCAGCAGCAGUCACACGCUGUUGAGCAGCGUAACGCACAGCAACCACAACAACAGCCUCAGCCACAACAACAUGAGGAUCGACCGAAGCCAACGGUGAAGCAGGUACCAACACCGCCACCUUCCGCAGCAACUGACCCAGCAUCAUCGUCGUUACCUCUCUCGAUACCUUCACAAGCCGCCUCACCACACGCACCCACUGCAUUGCCAUUUCAUUCAUCAUUGGCAGCUGCGCCGCCAGUAUUCUUUUAUAAUCCCAACUACGUGCAAGCGCCACCCGCCGAACAACUUCCACUGCCACCAUCCCACUAUGGCAACUACAUUCAAGCCCCUAUUGGACCAACACAGCAUCCAGCUACACUAGUCAAACUGUCUACACCGAGUGCAUUACUUGCGCCACAGACGGCACCGCCGUCCCACUUUUACCCCGUUCAACAUCCAUUCAGCGGUGGUCCAUCAUCGUUAGCGGCCGUGCUAAGCCCACAAAGCCUCUUAGUUGCGAAGACACCUCUUCAACUUCAGCAGCCAUCCCACCAGCAAACGCCAGCGUUCCCGGCAUUCAUUAGUCGACCAGCUGUCUAUAUGGCGCCACAGGAUGUUGUCGACAGCAUCGGUGCGCCCGUGACAGGAGGUGGACUGCCCUACUUUAUUCAUCCAGCCGGUGUGCACUACGGUACACACCUGCGUAACCCCGACACACCUUUGGCAGCAACGUCAAACCUGCUGGAAAGUGUGGCAAAUGCAGAUAGCGAUAGUCAACAGCACCUCCAUCAGCAUCAACAAUUGCGGCCGGAGCAUCACCGGAAGCAGCAGCAACAACAACCGCAACAGCAACAACAAUUGGGGUCAAGGGCGACAAGUGGAGGUAAAGACGACAAUAACGCCAUUGUUAAGUAUCCUUAAGGAGUGGGCAAAUGGAAGACACAAGAGGUUUACAAUAAGGCUGCCAGGAUGGCAGAACAUGCAAAUGCUAGGCAACUAGCACCGUUACGGGAUGCCUACUACUUACAUACACACAUAGUAUGUAUGUACGUUGAUUUCCAUUUAAGUUUCGCCGCAGUGGAAUAACAUUUAUGUAUGUAUUUAUGCCGACUAUUAUUUAUUCUCAAUACUUACUCUUAAGUUUUCAGUAUAAGACAAAAUAUUUGAAUUUAAAUUUCAUUGUUUUAUGCAUCAGCGCUGUAAAAAUCAGGGACAUAACAGUUAUAAGUUUUAUCGCAAAAACGUUGCUCCAUAAC